UCUGGCGUCGGCCAUUGUCCUUAGUGUAACAGUGGGGACGAAGGAAAUUUUGAUUUUCCACAAAAUUAGCAUGAUCGCAUAGAGCGCGAACCUUGUAAAUAGCAUGUUAUCGAGUGGAUUUUGACUCGAAAUCGGAUUGGUCUAGAAUGGAUUGCGGUAGCCAGAAGGGCUACGAAGACGACGAAAUGAUGGAAGUAGGGAGCGCGGACGAGGCGGAAGGCUCGUCCGAUGGCUCUGACGUUGAAAACGAGCUAGAUGAAGAGCUUGAUGAUGAAGAGGACGAGGAGGAUAUCGAUGAACUGCAGGACCUGUUGGAGGAGGAGGAAAUCCAUGGACUCUCUCACCGUAGGAGCACUGAUGAACCUUCUUCUUCUAAAGGCUUGCAGCAGGCGCCCUCUUCCAACUCACAAUCAGGACUCUCGGAUGAGAUCGCGGUGCGGAAUGAGUCCGAUACGACGGCCCUGUUCCAUAGUACCCACCCUGGCGUAACCAUCAGAAGGGGACCAGGCAGACCAAGGAAGGGCCAGAUGACAGUUCCUUCCCUGAAAUGGUCUUGUAGUGGUUUGCAAGCUCCAAAAACAAACGGCAGCCGAGGCCCCUAUGGACCAAGAAAGAAGAGAGAUUAUUUGGAAGGCGUCUCCUCAAGCCAUGAUCUCUCAGGUGUGUCGCCAUCACCACCUCAUGAGCUUCUCAGUCAGUACAGCUCAAUGGAUGACAUGGACAUCGAGCAGUCCAAUCAAAUUGUUGAUAAGUGUGCCACUUCUGAAGAUCUCCUUCCUGUGAUUCCGGACAAAUGGCCGGGUAAAGUGUGUGCAAUUUGUGCACUUGGAGAGAAAAGCACUCUUGGUCAAGGAGAGCUGCUUCAGGUGGCAAUUUCUUCCACUUUUGACGCGGAGAAUGCGAAAAUAAAAUCACAGCUUGAUGACAAUGAUCCAUCGUCUAACGGUGACAAAUGUUUAGUCACCACUCCCACCACCCCAGCAAUUUCCCAGCGAAGACAAAUGAAGUUCAAUCGAAACCUAUCUGUGUCAGGCAGCGAGUGUCUGGACGAGCUGUCCAUGGUCGGCUUUGUUGACGAACCAGCAUUGGUCAACAUCUUUGAAGUGUCAGGCUUCUUCUACAUCCAUGAAGCUUGUGCCAGGUGGUGUCCUGGCGUUACAGUUGACAAUAACAGCAGAGUGCGUGGUGCCGAAAACGCAAUUUUGGAAGCGCUUGGCAAAAAGUGUGCUCACUGUUCCCACCUGGGUGCCUCCCUUGCUUGCAAAGCGGACGGCUGCUCCAAAUAUUUCCACCUGCCUUGUGCUGCUGCGUCAGGUUGUUUUCAGGACUUGUCGCGGACAGUGACGGUGUGCUCCAUGCACCUGCACCUAGUGCGACCCAACUUCGCGGGCGAUGUGGUGUGCGCCAUGUGCAACGACCUUGGCAACAUCCACAACCUGAUCAUGUGCUCCCGUUGCGGCAAACACCUUCACGGCGCGUGUUACGGUGUGGGGUCUUCAGGCAGCAUUCGCGCUGGUUGGCAGUGCUCUACCUGCAGACAGUGCCAGGCAUGUCGCGUGCCGUCAGAGCGCAGCAAGCUUCUUAUUUGCGACCAUUGCGACAAGGCUUACCACCAACAGUGCCUGCGCCCACUCGUCAGCCAGGUGCCCAAGUUUGGAUGGAAGUGCAAGAGCUGCCGCAUAUGCACAGAUUGCGGCUCUCGCACACCUGGCGCUGGACAAUCUUCCCGCUGGCACAACCACUUCACUGUUUGCGACUCAUGCUACCAGCAGAGGAACAAAGGCCAGGCAUGUCCUGUGUGCCGCCGCGCAUACAGACACACGGCCAUCAAGGAAAUGGUGCAGUGCACCAGCUGCAGGAAGUAUGUGCACGGGGCUUGCGACUCGGACGCGGAACUGGCCACCUAUCAAGCCAAGAAAGCAGCCGCGCCCGACUAUGCGUAUGUCUGCACCGUGUGCAAGCAGUACGCCACUCGGCCAGCGCCCGUAUUUAAGCGCUGCAGCAUCGACGAUGUUGACUUCUCGCAGGACUCCUACCUAUAUGCCGAUGACUCGCUCUCUGGAAUGGACAUUGACACAGUUGAAAAGGAGGGUGGAGAUGAGGUUCCAAGGAACCUAACUGGAUUCGGCCUAGGCAGGGGCAAGCCUUUGGCCGCCGUGAAGAUGAUGAAGCGCCGGAUGCCUUUUGGAAACAUGAGCUAUGGCAAUCGGCCCAAGGGAAAACUUGGUCUGAAGAAAGCUAAGGGCAUGGUGGACUUCCCCCGAAAAAGGGGCCCCAAGGGAAAGAUGCAGGGUGUGUUUGGCGUGCCAGGAGUAGGUUUGUCAAAGCCCACAGGAGACUCUGGCCGUGACUCAAAGAACUCUGACGAUGAGCCGGGUGGUGAGAACAGACUGGUCCUGUGCUCUGCAAAGGACAAGUUCGUUCUCAACCAAGACGUUUGCGUGAUGUGCGGCGCGCUUGGGUUAGACCAAGAAGGCUGUCUGAUCUCAUGCGCGCAGUGUGGACAGUGCUACCACCCUUACUGCGUCAGCAUCAAAGUCAGCAAGGUGAUUCUGACCAAAGGCUGGCGCUGUCUGGACUGCACCGUUUGCGAAGGGUGUGGACAGCGUCAUGACGAGUCGCGACUUAUACUCUGCGACGACUGUGACAUCUCAUACCACAUAUACUGCAUGAACCCGCCUCUCGACUUCGUUCCUAGGGGCAACUGGAAGUGCAAAUGGUGUGCCAUGUGCCAAUUAUGUGGUGCAAGUGAUCCUGGCUUUAACUGCACCUGGAUGAACAGUUUCAGCCACUGUGGACCAUGUGCGUCCCUCCAAGUGUGCCCUGUUUGCAACGAGGAAUACACUGAGGGGCAGAUGAUCAUCAAAUGCUUCCAGUGCGCGAGGUGGCUGCACGGCACUUGCGACCAAAUUAAAACUGACGAGGAUGCUGAAAAAUGCUCGGCUGACGGUUACAAUUGUGUACUGUGCCGGCCAAGAGAUGUUCCUCCUCCUCACCUCAUUCCAGUUCCAGUGGCGCCAAAACCGCCGACUCCGUGCAAGAGUCCAGUCCACUCGGGGUUGAAGAAACUUGACGCAAAAGGGAGAGCAAAUAAUAGUAAAAAAGUCCCUAAAGUCAACCCAAACGCCAGCUACUUUUUGGACGGUGUCUGUUUAUCCGAGCAUGGCAACGUGCAGAUAAAGACGCUUACGCUGGAGCAACCGAAGAAGAAGAGAGCCAAUGCCAAAGGUGGAGCUGGCAAAGGUGGGGAUGCUGAAGCGGGCAUACUCGCCACAAUAGAAUCUGUCGUUUCCGGAGGCAAACUGGAUGGAAUGAUGCCAGGAAACCAGAUCACCCCUCGGGAUGGCGCCCCAGUGCAGCUACUGCCUGACGGUCGACCUCCAGAAGCUCCAGAAGGUUUCCAAAUUUGCACGUCAGAUAACGGAUUGCAAGUGUGGAGACGAAAGAGAACAAGAAAUUUGAACAAACUUGGGAUUGGUGGUUUCUCAGUGCGCACUAGAAUUUUGAAGCCAAAAGACGAUGAUGUGUUUGCUGAGAGUUUGUCGGGCAAUGGUUUCAGUCCUUCAAUGGAGCCAAACUUGUCCCACGCAACCUCAGUUUACUCUGUUUCUUCAGCACUCUUGACUCCCACUACCCCGACUGGAGAGGAAAAGCCAAAGCGGAAGCCAAACCGCAAGAAGCCAAAGAAUAAACUUAUGGAAAAUUUUCCUAUCUACCUUCAAGACGCCUUCUUUGGUCGGGAUCUUCUGGAUGUGUCCAAAGAACAGACCUUAAAGGAAGUUGGUGAAUCUGAUGAUGAGAAGGCCGCUCCGGCUACACUUGCAUCUGGAAUUCAACUGUCACAGGAGGAGCUUAAGGAGAUGGAGAACAUCAAGGCUAGGAAAAUUAAUGAAAUGACUCUAGCUGCUCAUGCAAAGCAGCAGAGCGAACAAUCUCGGGUGACAGUUGCUGUCCCUUCAACCGCCAACACUUCUAGCAACAAAGGUGCAAAGGCAAGUGAAGAGGAGGCUGAUGCUGACGAUGAAGAAGCCCUUAAGGACAUUUUACCAAUGAACCUGCUGGAGGGAGAAGAUCUCGUCGACAUGGACAAUCUCAUGGGUGAUGAUGAUGACCUCACUAAGACUAACCUUGAUGAAAUGGGUGGGGACUCAAAUCUAGCUGAUGAAUCAGAACUGAAUGAUUCACUGUCAUUGACAGAAACUAAUGGCGCAGGCUCUGAGACUGCAGAAAACAAAGACGAGCUCACUGAUAUUUUGAGUCCGCAUUUCAACCUAGAGUCUAUGGUCAGGGAUUCUGGUCUUCCAAACAUGGAUUGUAAGGACGUGGAAGAAAUUUUCAAGGGAGUGCUCACUGACGAGAGCCAAGAGUCACAGGAAUCGUCCACUUUUAGAAUCAGCAACAUGUCAAUGGGGCAAACGCAAAGCCAGCAUAGCAUGGUUUCGCCCUCUCAGCCAGCACCUCCAACUCCAACAAUGCCAACCACAUCACCAAUGCCGAGAGCUCAGCCUAUUUCAAUGGGCCAACAGCAAAAUCUAGCUUCGCCCAUGGGAUUUCCUCCUGCCUCUCCUUACCACUCGGAGUACAGCAACAGUCCACAAUUCAGUCCUGCGUUCUCGGAACCUCCCUCGCCUUGGUGCCAAGCACCAACACCAGAUCAACCUGGUCAUGAAGGGUCCGCUUCCUUGCAAGAUGCGCCCACAUCAUACAACCAAAGGUCUUCGUUAAAAAUGGAACAGGAUGAGCUGUUGGGUUCUGGGUCCACUAUGGCUUCGGUUUUGUACUCCAAUAUCAACCACCCUGAGUGGAAGACAGAAUACCCAAUUUGGGCUGAGCGCUGCAAGCAGAUCGUCAAAAAGUGGAGAACGUUGUCGACUGAAUCAAGGGCACCCUACCUACAAAAUGCUCGAGAAAACAGGGCGACACAGAGGAUGAAGAAGUCUCAGCAGAUGCCGAGCGCCAGUUCGCCCGCCGUGAAGCAAGAGGCGGCGGCCGGCCGCGCUCCAAGCGCCGCCGCCGGCGCCGCCGCAGCCUCAGCGGCCACGGUAGUACCCUCUGUGACACCCCCAUUACUGAAGAAACCCAGUAUGACCUCCACCAACACCACCACCAGUAUGACCACCGCUAGCACUGCUCUGAUGAAAUCGGCCACUAUUCUCACACCUCCACCGCAAACCACCACUCCUACUAGUAGCACCAACGCCGACUUAGAGGUGUGUUCUUCAUCGGCAGCUUCACCCGUAACUCCGCUGCCAUCUUCACCCUUCCCUAACACGCAGUCGUCCAACUCUUCCACUAACACGCCCUCGCCGUCCUCCUCCCCCCUGAGUAACGCGAGCGUUGACCAGCAGCAGCAGCGCUCUGCUACUGUUAGCAACACCGUCGUUGACCAGCACAUCCGCGUGUUGACUCCCUCCGAAAUAAUGCGCACCCUCCCCUCCUUGGGACAAGAGUCUUACGACCCCCCUCUGACACCUCAACCACCAACAAUACAGUCGCAGUCGCAACCCAAUAAUCUGGAUCAGGAUAAGAUCAUUGCUCAGCAGAAGAACACGCGUGAGGCUCAGGAAGAGCGUAAGUGGAAGCAGCAGCAGGCUAUGCGUCAGCAGCAGCAACAGAUGCAGCAAAUGAUACACGAACAGAGGGUUCAAGGUAAUGGAAUGGGCAUUCCAAGAAUGCACAGGCCAAUGGACAACCAGGGCAUACUCAACUUACCCCCGCCGUCACCUGUCUUUCUACCUGAUGGCUCUCAGACAGCGGCACCAGUCACGUCUCAGCUGCAUGUGGCAACAGGACAAGAUCCUUCAACAUCGCCCAUGGCGUCACCAUCUCCAGGCUCCAGACCGCAGUUCACACAACCGCUGAAGGUGGGUAUGACAAGGGCAAUGGCUCCACCAAGCCCAGGCGGGCCAUUUGCUCCUCCGCCCUCACCAAGGUCCAUGCAGACCUCGCCAAGAGCCGAUCAUUUCAACAGAAUGAACUUCUCUCAGGGUCAAGAUGUGUUCUCUCCACCGCAGACUUCAAGUCAGCCUCAGCAACAGGAGGACUUUGGCAAUCAAGACUUCCAGCAGUCAGGUGCUGAUCCGUAUGCUCAGCCUCCAUUAACACCUCGGCCGCAGCCACAAAAGCAGCCCACCACACCCACGCAGGCUCAGCCCACGUUCCAGGCGCCGCGUCCUGUAGACCCUUACGCCCAGCCCCCUGGAACCCCAAGACCACAGCCACAACAGACCUUUAUUUCUCCUGCCGCUCCGCUGCCCCAGCAGAGGCAAGCGUUUGUCACUCCUAGACCUGUGGGCCCACUUGACCCAUACUCUCAACCACCGGGCACCCCAAGGCCUGUUGAUCCAUACGCGCAGCCACCAGGUACUCCAAGACCAGGCACUGAUGACCAGAGCGGCUUCCAAAUGAAUCAGACCAAUCCUGAGAUGACACGGCAACUGAGGGACCUGUUGCAGAGGAACCAGUUUAAAAAACUGGAGGAUGAGCAGCUUGUUCCUGGCCAAAAUAACAGGAUCUGGCCCCAGGAACAGAGGGUGGAGGUUCAGCAGCAGCAACAGCCUCAACAGCAGCAGCAACUGCAGCAAUUUGACAACCAGGGUCAGCAAUCUUCUCAAGAACAGGAGGUGGCUAACCGAGUAGUGAGCGACAAUACAUUCCGACACCCACUACCUCCAGGCAUGAGACCCAGAGUGCCUGGGCCGCAGCAAAUGCUUGUAAGAGGACCUCAAGGGCAACUAAUUCGCCAGGCCAUGCCUAAUAUGGAUCCCAGGAUGCGUUUGUUAUUACAACAACACCAGCAAACGCAGAGGUUGAUAAAUCAAAACCCAGGGACAAACAUGCAACAGCAGCAGCAAAUGUUUAACCAGCAAAGUCCUCAGCAGCCAAAUCAGCCACAGUUUGUUGCAAACAUGGCGGUUCGGCCACGCAUGCAAGGGCCGAGGGUCCCCAUGGAGCACAUGGUCCAACAGAGACCACAACUGCCUUUCCCUAAGCAAGAAACCAACACUCAUAUCAUGCACCAACAACAGCAGCAGCAGCAACGCCCCUUGCUGCGGCAAAUGUCAAAUGUGGAGAGUGUGGUGCCUAAUGCAAUCGUGCCUGGAAUGCAGCCAGGUCCGCGUCUGAUAAGGACCAUGAGUGGUCCUCCUGUGAUGACUGAACAACCAAACAUGAAUCAACCGCAGAGAAUGCCAACUCCAUCCAUGCAAAUGGAGCAACAGCUUCCGGGCAUAGUUGCUGCCAGUGCACCUGUAUCUGCUACUCCACAAGCAGCACCAGUUGCCAGUGCAGAAGUAACUUCGCAAGAAAUUCCACCACAUCUUGCAGAGGAGAUCGAAAAGCUUGAACAAGAGGGCGUUAGUAGUUUGUUGGAACUGGGUGAUGAUGAUGACGAACUCCUUGGUCUUGGAGCUGACUUUAACAUAUUGUUGUAUGCUGACCCUGACCUUGACGCAGCUCCAGGUGGAGUGAAGACUAAUAUCCUUGACUUUGAACAAGAGGAAAAUGAAGAUAAAAAAGAUGGACCCUCAAGAAACACUGCUCAGUCGCAAGAAAGAACAGCAGAUGCCACACAGCCAGCAAUGCAGCCUCAAGCAAACGUUACCCCUCAAGUUACUCAGCAGGCCGUUAUUCAACCCCAAGUGCCUCCAAAUGUGACCAUGAGACCGCAGAUGCAGGCCAAGCCAUUUCAACAAACAUUCCAAGGCCAGCAAAAUCCGCAGGGAAUGAUGAGGCCUCAAAUGCAAGGCGUGCAGCAGAGGAUGGUGCACCCACAACAGACAAUGUCCGGGAAGCCACGGCUAAUGCAACCGAUGGGACCUGCGUCUCAAAUGCUGCAGAGUGUUGGCCAGGCGCGCAUGAUGUCUGGCAAGCCGGGGGUGGUACCUCCAAACGCCAGUCUCGUCCCUCCCCCGCCUUACCCUGGACCUCCGCCACCGUACCCUGGUGCAACUCAGCUGGCGGUUGGUGGGCCCCAACUCGCCACUAACCAUCUUCAUCAGCAACACAUGGCUGCUGGUCUACAUCCGUUAGGGCCCCACAUUCGAAACCCUCUUGCUCCUACUAACCUCAACCAAAUCCCUCUACAGCAGCGACCUUCGCUCCAGCAGCAGAGUUUACACAUGCAACAGCAGCAGCAACGCAGACCUUUGCUCUUGCAGUCUACAUUACAGGAACAGCCGCUGCUGCUUGAAGACUUGCUGGAGCAGGAAAAGCGCGAGCAAGAGCGGCAGCAGGCGGCCCAAGCGCUGCAAGACCCAAACGCUGCACAGUCUGACGCUAACUCUCAAUCUCUGCAUGUCAGCGACAUGGACUUCGAGAGGUUGAAGGCAGACGUAAUGCGAUCUCCAAAUUCAGGCGGAUCGCCUGGACUUUCGCCUCCCAACAUUUCUGUUCAAGGUGUUGGAGUCAUGCAGCCAGGCCAAGUACCUCUACGGCCGCCGUUCACACCGGCAAUCCGACAAUCAAUGCAGCCGCAACAGCAGCAAUGGAAUCCAACAAUGCAGCAAUCACAGCAAAUGCCUCAGCAAAUGCCGCAGCAGAUGCCGCAGCAGAUGGUCAAUGUGCAGAGACCUGUCGUUCCAAUGAACCAGCCGCAGCCCGUGCCACUACCCCAGCCUCAGCUGGAGCAAGUUUUCCAAGGAAAUAUUAAUGUGCCCCGGGUCCAGCAAAUUCCUCCUCCUCCUACACCACCGGACAAUAUUGUAACUGAACAAGACAGACAGGCUGUGAUGGCUUAUGAACAAUGGUUACAUGGUCAGCACACAGCAAUUUCCAAUCAAUUGCAAAACUUGGAGAUGCAAGUCAGCAAAUACAGAAAAGCUAAAAAGAGUUUGAGCAGUAAACAACGACAGCUACGUAAACAACAAAUGGAGUUGCCGCCAAAUGAUUUGUCUGAGCUAGCAAGAAUAGGCAAGGAACAACAAGUCAUUCAAAAGCAGUUGGAGCAGAGCAGAAAGCUAAAUAAACAGCAUGGAAUGAUCAUUCAAGACUACAAAACCAAAGUGCAAAAGAGACAGCCGCAAAAUAUGAUGUCGAAUUCCCCGUCACCGUCAUCAAUUGGCGUCCACUUGUCUCCUCUUGGGCCUCCAACACACAACAUACCGUCCUCUGCCUCACCCGCCCUCUCAACAUCUCCAGCCAUUUCUGCCAUGCAGCAACAGUCUCCGCUGCAUUCUCCAGUUCCACAUUCCCCUGGACCCAAUGUUUUGGCGCAAAGUCCAGGCAAUGUUGCUCAAAUGUCACCACGCAGCUUGCAACCUUCUCCCAGACUUGGCACCCCUCACUCGCAGGGUGAUGAAAAUCAGUUCAGUCCAAGUCCCAGUGCCCCUAUGCAAAGCCCUCAAACGCCAGUGCAAAGACUGACUUCGCCUCAGGGACAGAUGAGAAUGGCCAGUCCUCAACAGACAAUGGGCCAACCAAUGGCUAGGCCUAUGCAAGGCCAGUUUCCACAGCAAAAUCAACAAUAUUCUGAGCAGAUGAGGAACAUGAUGGGACAGAAAUUUAUUCGACCAGACAUGCAGCAGGGCAUGAGCCCUUCUGGAGUUCAAAUGGGCCAGCAGCCACGGCCUCGCAUGGUCGCAAUGCAGAAUAUGCAAAAUCAAAUGUACAUGCAGCAGCAGCAGCAGCAACAAAUGCAGAACCAGCAAAUGCAAAGCCAACAAAUGCAGAACCAGAACUUCCAGCAGGUCCCCAUGCAGCAAGCGCAGCAGCAGCAGCAGCAGCGCAUGGCUGCUUACCAGCAGUCGAUUGGCAGCCCGCAGCAGCAACAGCAGCAACAACAGCAGCAGAGGACUGUCCAAUUCCCAGCAUCACCAAUGGGCAGUCCCCAAACGCAGAACCAGCAGUCGCAGCAAAUGCGAAUUCAGGGUGGAAUACCCUUCCCAGCGUCGCCCCUGGGUAGUCCGCAGCAAAUGAGAGUGAAUCCGAACAUGCCCUACCCGCAGUCGCCACUUGGCAGUCCACAGCAAAUGCGUGUGAUGCACUCACCGCUUGGCUCCCCGCAGCCUAACAUGAUGAUACAGCCAAACGCGUCACCUAUGAGGAGGCCUUCAGGCAGCAGUGGACCAAGUCCCUUGCCCCCUGAGAGGCCACUGAGCACGGAAAAUCCACUGACACCCAGAACGCCUAGCGCUCAGUACCAUGAUAUGUCGCAAGAUGGUAGUGGUGGCGGCGGCGGUGGCGGCAACAUGAUGCCUGCGGUGCCCGGCGGAGGGGGAUUCAAUCAUCACUUGAUUCCGAUUCCUCCUGAGCUAAGGCACAUUAGAUACUGCAAGCUGGGACUCGUAGGUGGCGCUCCUAUGUGGAUGGAGAACGGUGGUGGUGGCCUGGGAGCCGGAAAACCCCCGUCAUCCUCCUCGCAGCAAAGCAACAACCCAGCCCCUGGUUCCAGCAAUCAAACCGAAUCAGCGGACAGUGACAUUGAGGCUGCAGUGUUGUCCAACAUGAAAGAUAUCACUGUUGUUGUGGUUGGCUCUAGUCCGGCUUCUUCAGUUGAUGACGUGGAGCAGAGUUUAGCAUCGCUUGUAGAGAACAUCGGCGAUCCGCAUGUUGAGGAAGAAGCUUUAAUCAGAAAAACUGAGGACGCUGUUGACGAAAAUAAAAUUGUAGAGACUCUUGAUGAGUUGGAGAACGAGGUGGAUAUGAAAGACGAAGAAGAUCUUCUCAAGACUGUUGACGAGCAUGUAGAGAAAACAACGAGCAUGGAGAGACCUUCCUUCGUGGCACACAGUGCGACCGAUACGCCGGCCUCGCCUGAUCCUGAAAAUUUAGGCUCGCCUGAUCCAGAGUUGAUGGCAGAGGCAGAAUGCCAUUUAGAUGAGACUAUGAAUAAUGAGGAAAAAUCAGCUCCAGUUGAAGUGGAGCCUGCGCCUCAGCCUCAGCCACCACCACCAUCCCCUCCCAAGGUAGAGCAGCAAAAAGUAGAGCCACCGCCACCUCUGCAGUACCCAACUGUCACCCGAAUGCCUCAGAUUUCUUUUGAGACUCCGAAUGAAAGUAGUCAUGUCGAGGAAGCACAGAAGUCGGUAGAAUGUGAAAUUAAAGUUGAGAAAGAUGCGCAGAAAGAGGCUGAGUCAGUAAAAGUCGUUGAAACGCCUAGUCUGUUGCAGCAACUAGUCGAAAAAAAGGAGGAAGAUGUAGCUGAUAGAUCGUUGCCUGAACCUUUGCGUAAAAUGGGAGAACUGCGGCAAAACGUGCUCCUGAAGCAACUUCUGCAAAACUCUGCUUGCUCCACUUCUCAAUCAUCAGGGUCAGUGAGCGUACCUUCUCUUGAGGCACAACUAGCACGCCCAGUGCCUCCGACCCACUCGCGCCUUAUUCCACCGCUACUCAAUGACACACCCCAAAACAGACCACAAAUGCUGCGGCUGCCUGGUGUGCAGCAGCAACCCACCAGCAUAAUUCGACCCCACCAGUUAAUUAUGAAUAAAGACCUGAUGCCGCACAUUCCGUCUCAGCCACAUGCGGCGCCUCAGAGGCCAAUGCUUGUGCAGCAGAACCAACAGCUGAACCAGCAGCUGCAGCAACGGUCCUCGCCAGGUCCCGCGAGCCAAGCAUCUCAACCCCCUUUGCAGCCACUUCAGCAGCAGCAACAGCAGCAUCAGCCACAACAAGUACUUCACCAGCAACCGCAGCAGGCACAGCCAAGUCAGCAGCAGCAACCACAGCAACAAUUACCACAACAGCAAUAUCAACCACAACAGCAACCUCAACCACAACAACAACAGCAACCUCAACCACAACAACAACAGCAACCUCAACAACAACAGCAACCUCAACAACAACAACAACAACAAAUGCAGCCACAGCAACAUCAAAUGCAACCACAGCAACAUCAAAUGCAGCCACAACAGCAACUUUUGCAUCAUCAACCCAAGCUCCAAAUCCCAACCCCACCUCCUCAACCAGCGCGAACGCCUCCGCAGGUGUCAAGGACACCGCCCCAGGUAAAACCCGCUCAGUCGCCCGUCCACACUGUACUUCCACCAACACCGCCAGUGGUUAACCAGCAACCGCCCACCCCUCAGCAGCAACACCUCCAGCAGACGCAGGCCAUUCAGCAGAUACUGCAGGCGCAAAUUAAGAAAGAGGCUGCAGAACAGCAGCAGAUGCUUCAAGCUUCCACGACUCCACCGCAGCCAGCAGCAACGCCUCCGGUACAAUCAGCCCAGGAAGCGUCUAGUCUUCAGCAGCAGGCUCCUAACUUGCUGCGCCACAUCCAGCAGGUGGUGGCUCCUCCAAGGGCCUCGACGCCCACACAGCCUACGCAGUCACAACCCGCUCAGCAAGAGCAGCAGCUGAUGAACCAUCAACAACAGGUCGUGGCCCCAGUGGAGAUUAAGAAGGAGGUCGAGGAGCAGAGCGUGACUCCGCAGUCCUCACGUGAGAACACGAUGGACAUCGAUCAAAAUUCGUGUGACAACAUAAUUCAGCCGACGGAAACAUCUGCGGCCGAUCUGAAAAAGCUGAAGCGGCGGCAGUACCAACAAAAGCGGCGACAGAGCGCCGGCAAAGAGGGAGGACCGACGCCAAAGAAGCGCUCGAGAAAACUCAGCUCGACCUCGCAGGGCAGCUCGAAGAUUGAGGAGGACUAUGACAGCUACAUAGAUCACCUGAUGCCGCAGGUACGGCAGUUGCCGAGUCUGAACGUGCUUGAGCCAGAAUUGGGUCGCAACUACGCUGUUUGUCCUGUGUUUGGAGCGGGCGACUUGGCCAAGCUGGUGCCGCACGCGCAAAAUGGGACUCUCAUUGGACGCUUUGGCAAGGCAAAUAUUCCCAGUGUGUCCGACUUCUACAACACCAAACCAUUUGGAGACUUGCCGCAGAUCCAGCCGGACACACCGACGUCCUCGCAAAACGGCUUCUAUGAUCAGGAAUUCGCACCUCUCAAGCUUGAAAGCGAUGAAGCUAAUCGGGAUAGAGAAGACUCACCAGACACGGUGGUCAGCACAUCAUCACCCGAGUUCUUCAUGCUGGAUUCUCAUUACCGAUUUCCUGGCUUGAGACUUAUCAAAGAGGACGAUAGCGACACUGAGGAAAAGGAGGCCCUGCGGAGGGCAUCGCCCGUCAUUCCGCUGCUGACACCGACUCCAAUUCGAGUCAGACCAGGCAUCACUUUCAAGGAUCUGCUUGAUCUGGACAAGGAGAACAUGGGCGGUGCGUCAGGAUUGGUGAUGAGGAGCAGGUGGGGCAGCUCGCCUACUGUACCGCUCAGGGAGACUGGCAACAUCACCGUCACCCUCACCCUGAGCACUACAGCGGCCAGGGAUGUAGAAGGCGCGCUCUCUGGGUUGGCAAGGCUACUCAGGCUUCCCACGCCUCUGCAAUUUAGCGUAGCAGACACCACCACGCAACCAGACUACAAGCUUGGCGUUUACAGAAUCAGGGGUCUAGAUGGAAAAGAAGGUGCAGCUAUAAAUGUACAGAGCAUACUAAACGACGCUAGAUUUUGCCGACAAUGCAAGUGCUGGGCAAAGAACUACAUCUCUAAGCGUGCCUCUGACCUGCCGCAAAAUAUUUUAAGCAAUAAUAAGGAGUUAGGCGCUGACGAUGACCUCUACUUCUGCUCUGACAACUGCUACUUGCACUUUUCCGGUAAAAGUGUUGGACAGACCACCCUGGAGAAAGGGAUAGCGAGCAAACAGAUUAACCACAGCUCCCUGUUGAAGAAGUCUGAAAAGAAGGCAGCUGAAGCGAAGAAGAAUGGCACGGUGAAAGAGGAGCCAAUGGAGGUGGAUCCUCCACCAGGCCCGCCACCGCCUCCCCCUAGCCUCAAGGGUAUCCGUUUCAAAACGUGGAGCCCUGGUCUUCAGCCGCCCAACAAGUACAAAAAGCCGACGGAUCGCGAACUGACAGACAUGCUGUUCCGCUCAGGCAUCACAUUGAUGCCGCAGAAGCUGCCUGAUGACUCGCGACAGUGCCUCUUCUGUCAUCAGAUGGGCGAUGGACCUGCCGACGGCUCUGGCCGCUUGCUCAACUACGACGUGGACAAGUGGGUUCACCUUAAUUGCGCCCUUUGGUCUAGCGAUGUGUAUGAGACUGAGAAUGGCGCUCUGAUGAACGUUGAGCAGGCGCUUCAGCAGGGACUGAGCCAGAAUUGCUCCGUCUGUGGCAAGCAUGGUGCCACUGUCAAGUGUUUCAAAACGCGCUGCGGCUCCACCUACCACCUCGGCUGUGCUGUCAAGGAUGACUGUGUCUUCUACAAAAACAAGACGGCCUACUGCUCGGCGCACAUUCCCAAAAAUGAGAAGGAGUCUGAGUUGACCACUCUCGCUGUCUUCCGUAGGGUCUACGUCAACCGCGACGAGAAUCGACAGGUAGCCGCUGUUAUGCACCACUCAGAUCAGAGUCACCUUCUGAGGGUCGGCUCGCUGAUAUUCCUCAAUGUAGGCCAGCUUUUGCCACACCAGCUUCUUAACUUCCACACGCAAAACUUCAUCUACCCGAUCGGCUACAAAAUUGCGCGGAUAUACUGGAGUAUGCGCUCUUUCAACAAGCGCUGCCGCUACAUCUGCUCGAUCCACGACAAUGCAGGGCGGCCCGAGUUCAGGGUGCUGGUGCAGGAGGCGAACCACCCUGAUCUGGAACUGAAGGGCACGUCAGCAAGGCAGGUGUGGAUGCAAAUCAUGGAGCCUAUGGCGGCGGUGCGCAGGGGAUCCGGUGGCGUCCAGGUGUUCCCAAAAUUUAUCUCUGGGGAGGACUUGUUCGGCCUGACCGAGCCGGCUAUCAUCAGGGUGCUUGAGUCGCUGCCAGGCAUCGAGACACUGACCGACUACAAGUUCAAGUACGGUCGCAACCCGCUUCUUGAGCUACCAUUGGCUGUCAACCCGACAGGUUGCGCCAGGUCAGAGCCCAAGCUGCGCACACACUUCAAGCGGCCUCACACCCAGCGAACGGGCUCUGUGUCAAUCCGGCCAGCGCUGGUGCCAGCCGCCACGCCCAUUGGUGAGGCCACCUGCCCCUAUUCAAAGCAGUUUGUCCAUUCCAAGAGCUCGCAGUACAAGAAGAUGAAGCUUGAGUGGAGAAACAACGUUUACCUAGCACGGUCAAAAAUCCAGGGCCUGGGAUUGUAUGCCGCGAGAGACCUUGAGCGCCACACCAUGGUGAUAGAAUACAUAGGAGAGAUUAUUAGGACAGAAUUAGCCGAGGCAAGAGAGAAGCAGUAUGAAGAAAGGAAUCGAGGCAUCUACAUGUUCCGACUCGAUGAAGAGCGUGUCAUUGACGCCACUCUGAGUGGAGGUUUAGCCAGAUACAUCAAUCAUUCGUGCAACCCUAACUGCGUCGCUGAGACAGUUGAAGUUGAUAGAGACUUCAGAAUAAUUAUUUUUGCCAAGAGAAGAAUAAACAGGGGAGAGGAGCUGGCAUAUGAUUACAAAUUUGACAUAGAAGAUGACCAACACAAGAUACCCUGCUUGUGCGGCGCUCCAAACUGUAAGAAGUGGAUGAACUGAAGAGAUGAAUGCACACAAACUGCCUUCAAUGUCCAUCUCUAUCGUUGUGAACUGUUUUAGUCUCUUUACAAAUCACGGACGACCAAUAUGAAGCCUUUUAGCUUGUAGAUAUACGAUAAAUAUCGAUGAGUUGAAAAUUCUUAUGAGGACAUCAAGUACAUUCUAUAUAUUUAUUAUUACCAAGCACCAGAGAGUCUGGUCAUAUUUUUGUUGUUUUUUAAAAAGUGAACAUAGCUCGUGUGGUUACAAGAAGUGCAAAAUCAGAAUCUUACUGUGUAUAAAUGAGAUAGAAUCUGUUUUAAAGUUUUGUUUUAAUAAAUGAGACAACACUACAUAAUCA